CCCCCUCACACGACGACACGACAUCACCCGCUGGCUCAAGCUCACCAGCCAUCUUACUGCAGCCCUCCAGAGAGAGCCACCACCCAGACCUACCUUUCGCUUCGCCAUGAGUUCAACGCUGCAACAGCCGCUGCUUCCUCUGCACUCGGACAAGGAUGGCGCCGUCGAGGACUUUGGGCGCGCAAGGAGAGCUCUUCUGCCUGAAACAGUCGCACUUGCCGACCUGUGGACAACGCGUGGGCCACCACAGUACUGCGGGUUGUCUGGUGGCGCCCAAGCUUUGAAAGAGAGGGUCAGCAGCGUGCUCAAGAACUGGAAGUUUCAAGCAAAGUGCCGGCAGAUUGGCGCUAACCCCACGCUUCAGCGAUUGCGGAUUGUGAAGCAAUCGGGCCUCCCGCCCAUGCGCGUGCUGCCUGCUGCAUGGCUCAAGGCACGGAACGGCGCGUGCCGCAUCCCACGGAGCCACGAGGGCCUCACCGUCGACGCGGAACAGGCCGUGUGUACCUCAAUUGUGAACAAGUGCCGUCCCGUCAUUGUCAUGGUGAGCCAUCGCUGGCUUGACCCAGACAAUCACAGGCCCGAUGACGAGGACAACUCCAAGGCAAAGGCGCUCUUUGAGUUUACGAAAUGGCUCGAGUGGAAGAUUCAACGCGAUGAUGUGACUGGGGUGCCCAAGAGCCAGCACCCACUCAUUUUCUUGUGGAUUGACUGGGCAUGUAUCAACCAGGGCGAUGACAUUCCCGAAACAGAGGAGAACAUGCCACAACUCAUGAAAGCGCGUGCACCAUACAUAGAUUCGCUCAGCGUGUACACAGCUUGUUGCCAUCUGGUGACAUGCUUCGAAGGGGCUGGCCCUGAUGACUACGGCAGCAGACCAUGGUGUCUGGUGGAGCGCAUUGCUGCGUACGUGUACAUUCCAAACGGGCAGCUGCCAUUUAUUGUGCAAGAUGGGUUUGUGCAUCAGCAGCAACUCCCUACCAGAUCGAAGCGUGAGGUCAUUGACCCAUUGCAGUAUCUCGAUAAGGCGAACGAGCACGAUGCACCCCACAUCAGAGAUCUCACUGCAGCGCUACUUGGCCGUCGACAGCUGAUCGUUCGACCACCUUGUAACAGCGAUUCAUGGGGUGUGAACGUCUCAACGGUUCGAAUCGGAGCAACCAUCACAGCACUCGAACUUCGCGCCGAUUCCGUCGUGACCGAAGCACCGACGAGCGACGAACAAGACGAGGACACUGUCGUCUUCGAUUACAAGCGAGGCGACGACGAGGACGAGCAACGGGAAGAGACCAUUGAUCAGGUUGACCCGGAAUGCCGGGAAUACAGGGAGGUGGAUGUUCAAGUUGUCUGA